AUGAGUGCCUUACAUGUUAUACCGGGGGAAUUUUCGACAUUUACCAUUGCCAUAGCCAUUUUGAGUGGCUUCAUUGUGUUCUUUGGUUAUGUGUCCAUGUUUAUCAAGGAAAGAUGCUUUCUAUCAGAAGCAUUUGUCGCUCUAAUUGUGGGUAUCAUUGCAGGUCCAUUAGUGUCAAAUGGAUUUGAUCCAAACAGCUGGGAAGACGCUGAUGAAAUCACAAAAGAAUUGACUAGAUGCAUUCUUGCAAUUCAGGUAAUGGCCGUCGGUAUUGAUUUACCCAAACACUACAUGAAAAAAGAAUGGCUGACCAUGUUCAUGCUGUUGCUACCCAUUAUGAUCUUUAUGUGGCUCAUCAGUGGAUUGUUCAUUUGGUGGUUGGUUCCUCCAAUUAACUAUCUCCAUGCUCUAGUCAUUGCAGCUUGUGUUUGUCCCACUGAUCCAAUUUUGGCCAAUUCAGUCGUCAAAGGCCGAUUCGCCGAGAAGCAUGUGCCAGCUCAUAUUCGAAAUGCAUUGUCCGCAGAAAGUGGGGCCAAUGAUGGUAUGGGUUUCCCCUUUCUUUUUCUUGCACUGUUUCUGAUUAGUGAACCCAAUGUUGGAACCGCAAUUGGAAAAUGGAUCUAUAUCACUUUGCUAUUUCAAAUCGCACUCUCCUGUGUUAUUGGACUCAUUGUCGGAUGGGUGGCCAGAAAGAUAUUGCAGUGGUCUGAAAGAAACCAUUUGAUCGAUAAACCUUCGUUCCUUUGUUUCGCAAUUGCAUUAGCCCUGUUCCUGAUGAGCAUGACUGGAUUCUCUGGAAGUGAUGAUUUACUAGCUUGUUUUGUUGCUGGUAAUGCAUUUUCAUGGGACGAUUGGUUCAGACAAGAAACAGAAGAAGCCCAUUUCCAAGAAGUCAUUGAUAUGAUGCUGAAUUUAGCUGUAUUUGUCUAUAUUGGGGCUAUUAUUCCUUGGUCUGAUUUUGGUAAUGCUGCUCUUGGUUUGACACCAUGGCGCCUGGUCGUAAUUGCCAUCUUAAUCCUGCUAUUCAGACGUUUGCCUAUCCUGAUUGUCCUGAAGCCUGUGAUGCCUGCCAUGAGAACAUACAGAGAAGCCAUCUUUAGUGGCUGGUUUGGCCCUAUGGGUGUUGGUGCCGUCUUUUUGUCCAUGGUGGCCAAGGAGGAGAUGAUUGAAAUCUAUCACGAAACAGAAGAGAAGCCACUGACCAUAGAACUCAUUAGUCCUGUCGUGCUGUUUAUUGUGUUAUCGUCCACAUUAGUCCAUGGCACAACUAUUCCGCUGUUCAAGAUUGGUAAGCGUAUUCGUACUCGUACAUUGUCCAUUGCUAGUACAGGCAGCGGCCAGGUCCUUCGUCUGCCCAAGCUUCAAUUUGGCCAGCAAAUCAGUCUUAGAAAAUCAGAAGAUGUCCGUGCUCAAACAGAUGAGCAUGCUGAAGCCAUGGCCCAAUUGAAGCGCAACACAUUGGCCAACACCAUUCAACAUGAUUACACUAUUGCCGCUGCUCCUAAUGCCACGCCUAUUUAUGCAAUUGAUAUGCACGAUGAAGACGAUGAUGAUGGCUUGAAUGAAGAAGACUUCUUACCUGAUGAAUCAGAUGAAACUCAAGUGGGCGGAUACGAUGAUAAACCUGCUCAGCCUCAACAUCUCCAUAUACCUGCUACAGCAACAAACGAAUCUCAGAGUAUACGAUUCUUAGAGCCUGUAAAUCCCAGAGCUGGAAGCGGAGCACAUCAAUCAAGCACUAAUGCAGAACGAAAUGAAGCUAGCGUGUCUAGUUUCAGAAGCUGGAUGAACAGAAGCAGAUCGCCAUCAGAUGCCAAUGACAUUGAAGAAGUUGGUAUCGUCACCACACCGCCUCCAUCACAUAUGCCAAAUGCUGGUGGUUUGAGAAACCUCUUUAGACGCCACAAGGAAAGCACAGACGAGAUUCCUGAACAACAACAACAACAACAACAACAACAGCAACAACAACAACAGCCUUCACCAAACAUUGAAAUUACAUCUCCUUCGUCCCCAACUGGCGCUAAACCGCCUGCUGCUCCCACUGCCGCUGCACAUGAAGAGGGCAAUUCGCGCACCUACGACACCCUUCGAAAUAUGUUUAGCCAUUUACCGCCUCUAGCACACGGAGAACACCAUAAAACAACCGAAGAAGUCAUUGAUCUCGGCCACAGUAAACUGAGUCCCAGAAUUGAAGUGUGGGAUGAGCCGCAUCAUGUUGUGAUUGAAGACAAAGAAGACGCCUCAUCUCAUUGCGUGAUUGACAAAUCAGAAAAUAACUGGGAGGACUUGGUCAAGGAAAAGAUUAGACAGCUGCAAUCUAACAUUGCCAAUUCAACCGCCCACAAUGAAGCUUAG